AUGCACACGGAUGUCUCUAUCGUGGAAUGUCAGGGUUGUAUCAUGCAUGGGGGAUGGAUACACCCAGCGCAUUCCAUCAGCGUCGACCUCGCUGAGCUCGAAAGCUCCGAGUGCAUCGUGCAACGAUCUGCUCUCUAUGCAGAUCUGCAGAAUGCUGAUGUUACUCGUCUCAAUGACCAGCCUAAGGCCAAAGGAUCCGGCAAGAAGCCCGCCCCCGCUCCCGGCGGCAGCAAGGUGACCAAGACCCAGAAGAACCCUCUCUUCGAGGCUCGCCCGAAGAACUUUGGCAUUGGCCAGGACAUCCAGCCCAAGACUGACCUGACACGCUUCGUCAAGUGGCCCGAAUACGUCCGCCUCCAGCGCCAGAAGGUCAUCCUCAACCAGCGCCUGAAGGUCCCCCCUGCCAUUGCCCAGUUCUCGCACACACUGGACAAGAACACUGCCGCGCAGCUGUUCAAGCUGCUGAAUAAGUACCGCCCUGAGACGAAGCAGGAGAAGAAAGCUCGUCUCGAUGCCGCUGCCAAGGCCACUGCUGAGGAGAAGGAGGCUCAGGCUAAGGAUUCCAAGAAGCCAUUCUUCGUCAAGUACGGCCUCAACCACUGUGUUGCUCUCAUUGAAGCGAAGAAGGCUUCGCUCGUCAUCAUUGCCCAUGAUGUCGACCCUAUUGAGCUCGUCAUCUUCAUCCCUGCGCUCUGCCGCAAGAUGGGAGUUCCUUAUGUCAUCGUGAAGGGCAAGGCUCGCCUCGGUACGGUCGUCCACAAGAAAACCGCGGCUAUUCUCACCCUCCAGGAUGUCAAGAGUGAGGAUACACGCGAGCUUGCCACUCUCGUUAGUGCCGCGAAGGCAAAUUUCUCUGACAAGUAUGAGGAGCAGCGCCGCCAAUGGGGUGGAGGCAUCCGUGGCAAGAAGUCGGCUCAGAUGUUCCGCAAGCGUGCGAAGGCCGCUGGCCAGACUAUCACUGAGGCCAGUGCUCAGAAGCUCUAA